UCUCUCCUUCCUUCUCCUUCUCCUUCUUCUGCUUUUUCUCCGCCUUCUUCUUUUUCCUUUUUUAGACAAUGUACUGACUGUACGUUGUUCUAUUUAUAAAGCACAUGCUCACGCAUAAAGUAAUGCGCAGAUAAUAUUAUGUUAUUUAUAUCAGAAAAUCGAAUGAGAAUCCGCACGAAGGACAAAGCAAAUUUCCGGCAAUAAUACAACAGGUUCUAAGUGUAUCCUUCUUGCGGUCGUUCUCUUCGUCUCUCGAGAAUGAACAGUUACGAGUGAAAGUGAUCUGGGCCUGGUUGAUGCGCGCAUAUCUGGGGUCCAACAGUCUACAGACUGCAGUCAAACGAAUCGGUAUACUGUAUUAAUUGUGUAAUCGCCGAUAUCGGGAUGAUUAAUAAACGCCAUUUGUUACAAAACAAUUAAUGUCAUUUAGUGUCUACUACAAUAUAUACAAAAAGAAUACGAAACUUUCGCUAUCACUGUUAUCGCGAGUGAUAUAAAAAACGAUUUGAUAAGCAUCGCUAACGUUAGGAAUUUAUUCCUUGUAUAACUUUUAUCGAUUAUCGUAUACCUGUAUAUCUUAUCAAGUAACGCAGUGAAUUAAAGUCAUGAUAUAGGAAGACGCAUUAAAUCUGAAAUAAAAAUCAGCGAUUCGCAAUUUAGCAUCAAACACAAGAUUCGACGUUUACUGUACUUGAAGUAGAUGAUAUUGUAAAUGGUUUUUUAAUUCGAGAUACGUUCCAGAUUAUUAUCCAACGCAUUAAAUAUAACGCAUCGAAGAAGUUUAGCGCGCUACGAUGUCCUUCAGUGACGUGGCACUUCUACUUACAAUUUUAUUUUUUACGAUACAGACGUACGACGUUCACGGACUCAUAAGACCGAAACAUGAUAAGAUCGUUGUUUGCUACGUUGCAUCUUGGGCUGCCUAUAGGCAAGGAAAUGGAGCAUUCUCCUUAGAAAAUCUCCGUUCGGAACAUUGUACCCACUUAAUUUAUGCAUUUGCUGGUUUAAAUGCUACGGACUGGACGAUAAGAAGUCUCGAUCCUUGGGCAGAUAUGGAAAAAGAUGGAAGAGGUAACUACAGAAAAAUGACAACGCUUCGUAAUCAAGGUUUAAAAGUAUCGCUCGGUAUUGGCGGAUGGAACGAAGGCAGCACAAAUUAUUCACUAAUGGCUUCUUCACCGGAUCGUAGGAGGAUUUUCAUCGCUAGUACUGUUGAGUUUCUCAAAAUGUAUGGAUUUGACGGAUUGGAUCUUGAUUGGGAAUUUCCUGGAAGUCGAGGAGGUGCUCCACAUGAUAAACAGAAUUUUGUUAGCCUCGUGCAGGAAUUGAAGGAUGCUUUUAGAGAACAUCGCUUUUUGUUAACCGCAGCCAUAAGUGCCAUCAGUUCUACUAUCGAUAUAGCAUACGAUAUUCCCAAAAUUUCUAAAUAUCUUGAUUACAUUCAUGUGAUGGCCUAUGAUUAUCACGGAGCAUGGAACAAACAGGUUCUUCCAAAUUCACCACUGAGAAGCAAAGAUCGAUUAGAUGUGGAACAUACUAUUACGUAUUUGUUACAACAAGGAGCCCCACCCGAGAAAUUAGUUUUAGGGCUAGCGAUGUAUGGGAGAACUUUUGUUCUUACAACUGUACCAGAAACGUCUAAAAUAAAUCCGAUUGGCCUACCUAGUCUGGACACCGGAUUCAAAGGACCUUAUACGUCUGAAGAAGGUUUUAUGGGAUUCAAUGAGAUUUGCGAGACAUUGAUAUUGCAUCCACAAAAUUGGACAACUGGAUGGGAUGAUGAAAGCAACACUGCUUAUGCGAUUAAUAAAGAUCGUGUUGUAGUUUACGAUAAUCGCAAAGCCAUGAUAGCCAAGGUAUUUUUCCUACAGUUUUAAAAAAUAAUCUCUUAAUGAAAAUCGAUUUUUUUCUU